CUGGAUAUAGCCUUAUGGGUUAUCUUCAAAACUUCAGCCAAAUGGAAGCCCUUGAAAUUAUAGAUUUGCACAACAACAACCUUCGAGGGCCUAUACCUGACUUCCUUGGAGAAUUUCCAAACCUGCGAGUGCUGAACUUAGCCAACAAUAAUUUUGAAGGCAGCAUACCGAAGUCGAUUCUAAACAACGAUAGAAUAUCCUUCAAUCACAGCAUUUCUCCGUCGAUCAAGGAAAAGAAGAGAACAAGAAGCAGCAAGAGGAGAACCUCGUCACCUUCAAGUACUCAAUGAUCAUGAGGACUCAGAGGUGGGCCAAUAUGGGCAACUGGCCAAAUAGAAUACCAUAAGCUGCUCAGCCCUUCUGCCCCACCAUGUGAUAAUUUAGACUGUUCGUCUGUAAGGUCCCACCAUGAAUGGGCCACAUGGAAAAUAUCUUGCUCAUUAUUCUUAUGGAUCCUAUGACAUAAUUUAGAAUAAAAAAUAAAAAAUCGUCCAGGAAAGCAAUUUCUGACUUUAGGCUCCUAAUGGUUAGGAGCUCCAAUCAAUGAGAAUUUUCAUUGUAGGCCAUAUAUGGUGGAACCUUUUAAAAGAACGGUAUGAUCGUGAUGUGGUGGGAUAGAA